GGAUCGGUGUAGUAGUAGUAGUAGGAGGCGGAUGAAAUCAUCUCUGAGCCUUUAGCUUCGUUAGCAUCGAGGCUAAUCAAUGACAGCUCGGUGUCGCUUUCGCUCAUCACCCGCCAUCACACACACACUCACACACACUCUCACACACACUCCUCUACAGCUCUGACAUAACCGCUUUCACCAGGAGGAAGAGAAGGAAAUGUCCCCCGGUUUGUCCCGUAACAUCUGAGGAGUCGGCGGUGUUUCAGUUGACGAUGAAUGGCCUGUCUGUCAGCGAGCUGUGUUGCCUGUUCUGUUGUCCCCCAUGCCCGAGCCGUAUAGCUGCUAAGUUGGCCUUCCUGCCCCCUGAGCCCACCUACACCCUCCUGCCCGAUCUGGAAGCUGGCCCCGUGUCCACCAGCUCCACCACGGCACCCGGCCUGCGCUCCCGAGGCAGCACCGGAGCAGGAGGAGGAGGAAGUGCUGGCGGUUUAGGUGGAGGAGGAGGAGGCGGCGGUGGCAGUACCAGUGCCAGUGGUGGCGGAGCAGGUGGAGGAGCAGGAGCAGGUGGAGGAGCUGGAGCUGGAGAGGGGCGCUGGAAGCUCCAUCUCACAGAGCGGGCCGAGUUUCAAUACACUCAGCGUGAGUUGGACGUCACCGAGGUGUUCCUGACGCGCUCGAGUCGAGGGAACCGAGUGGGCUGCAUGUACAUCCGCUGCGCUCCCGCGGCACGGUUUACGGUGCUCUUCUCCCAUGGUAACGCCGUAGACCUGGGCCAGAUGAGCAGUUUCUACAUCGGCUUGGGAACGCGCAUCAACUGCAACAUCUUCUCCUACGACUACUCGGGUUACGGCGUGAGCACGGGGAAACCCUCCGAGAAGAACCUGUACGCGGACAUCGACGCGGCGUGGCAGGCUCUACGCACGCGGUACGGCAUCAGCCCCGAGAACAUCAUCCUGUACGGCCAGAGCAUCGGCACGGUGCCCACGGUGGACCUGGCGUCCCGGUACGAGUGCGCCGCCGUCAUCCUGCACUCGCCGCUCACCUCGGGCAUGAGGGUCGCCUUCCCCGACACCAAGAAGACCUACUGCUUCGACGCGUUCCCCAACAUAGAGAAGGUGUCGAAGAUCACGUCCCCGGUGUUGAUCAUCCACGGGACGGAGGACGAGGUGAUCGAUUUCUCUCACGGCCUGGCCCUGUACGAGCGCUGCCCCAAGGCCGUGGAGCCGCUCUGGGUGGAGGGGGCGGGGCACAACGACAUCGAGCUCUACAGCCAGUACCUGGAGCGUCUGCGCAGGUUCAUCGGCCAAGAACUGGCAACCCAGCACACCUGAGGAGCUCUGACACGCCCCUUUCCUCCCCCACUCUCUCUCUCUCUCUCUCUCUCUGACUCGUUUAUACUUCCUGUUUCACGUGUAUCUCAGAAGAAGGCAUUACUCAAGACAGAUUUACACCUGACCGCUUCGAGCGCUUCAUGUAACUUUGCCACUUUAUCAUUAAGUCAUUUCAUUCACGUUAUUUGCGAUUUCAACAGAAAUUAUUAUCGAAAAUAAACCAGCGUGCGAGCGGAGAAACUGCACUACCUCUACACAAACAUAUACGAAAUAAAAUGUUUGCGUUCGCUCUAAGAGAUCUAUAAGUAUUAAAACAAAGAAAGAUAAAUUAGUUGCAUAAAAUAAAUAUUACAUGUAAAUAUAAAAUAUUUUCCUUUUUUUUCCCCUUUUUUGGUGUUGGUCGUUACUAGAGUGGGACAGAUAAGAAUGUUAAAACUUGACACGGAUAAAAAAAAAAAAAAAAAGGAAAAACAUUAAAUACUUAA